GAAACCGUGAUGUUAGGACAUCCAACCAUGUCCAGAUGAACUGAUGAAGUGCUCCCCUUAUGCGGACUGGAAGUUGCGCAGCCCAAAGAAAGAUGAUCUGAGAACGAGACGAGGUAGAGAUUUGCGCCAGAAGAUGAGCAACCUGGUUCAAUUGUCUGUAACAAUGGUGGAAGGAGAACCAACAGUCAGUGGCGAUUCGUCUGAUAGGGAGAGUGAGAAAGCUGAAGGAGCCAACGAGUCUGAUUGUUGUCGAAGAAGAGAGAUUGUUGCCAACGAGUCUGAUUCGAUCUCCACGUCAAAGAAGCCAGAGUUCAGCAACCAAUGUGUAGCCACAGAAUUAGCCGCUAUUUCAGCUUCAAGAUCCGAGCUAGCCUGAAGAGGGAAAGAUCCAGCAAAAAUAAGGUUGCCUUCAGCAUCUCUGAGUACCGCAACACCAAAGGAGGAAUUCCGAUUGAAAGAGGCCUCUACAUUCAACUUGAAGAUGAUAGUGUGAAGCUAUCAUCCUGUGAAGGUUUCCAGACUAUGCUUCCAUUUUGGGACUCCACCGGAUCAAGGCCAUGUUCGUGUGUCUGACAAAUUCCUUUCCAGAUGGUUGAGUCAGUUCACGGUUUUCCCAGAAGCUUCUUGAUAUGAGGAAAGGAAGUUUUUGAAGUUCAAAAGGGAUCUGGCACCUCUAUUUAAGAAAAGGAGAAGGUCAUCUGCAUAGCCAAGAUGUGUAACAGUAGGGGCUGCACGGCUAACUAAAUAAGGAUCAGAGAGAUGGGAAUCAUGUCCAGUAAAGAGAUCCUGGUAGAAAUGAACUGCCAUGGACCCAAUUUGAUCAGAAUCUGAAACCCAGGUUCCAAAACAGAAACAAAAUGAAUAUCCCACUGCCUGAUUAAACUAGAGAGUCUUGGGCAAGAGGAAACAAGACCCCAAGUGUUCCAAAAUAGGCUAUUCAUUGGGAAACUGACAAAGAAGCUUGUGAAAGCCUUUUGCCGGCAUGUCUGGGAUGCUAACUCUUCAAUCCAAGAGUCCUUAUCAGAAAUAUGGGGUGGAUUGUAUCCCUCAGAAGCAUAUCUAUUAACUAAGAGUGGAAUAAAAUUCUAAACUGCUUCUUAUGCGAUGAAGUCUGGUGUCAUCAGAUGGUGUGGCAACAUCUGCUUUGUAGGAAGCUCUGGAGUUAUGUUCUGCUUCCUUGGCAUUUUCUUCAUCAAGGAUGGGAUUAAAUGUAUUGUGAUUUUCUGCCUUAGGAGCCUGUGAUGUCCCAGCACCUGAGGAGGAGAAAGGCUGUGUGGAGAUGGGUUGUUCCAUAAUGAUUUCCUCCACAUCAGUAUCAGUGUCUAUGAUGUCUCUAUUUUUGGCAGAAUUGUGUGGAGUCUCAGUUGUAAUUAAUAACCCUUUUCCCUUUUCCAGUGAUGUAUGUUUAGGAGAUAUCUGUGUAGGAUUGUUCUGUGCUUCCUUGGUUUAGCAACCCAUUUUGCUUUUGAUGAAACAAUAUCAGCAGGUUGUUCACGUUUAAGACAUUUGCUUUCCCAAAAGCCUUACGUUGGUUUUC